AUGGCAUCUGGCCCUGCUACUCAGUCACUCAAGUGCGUGGUGACGGGUGACGGUGCCGUCGGCAAGACAUGUCUUCUAAUUUCAUACACCACCAAUGCCUUUCCCGGGGAGUACAUCCCCACAGUCUUCGACAACUACUCCGCAAGUGUCAUGGUUGACGGCCGACCUAUCAGUCUGGGACUUUGGGAUACCGCAGGACAGGAAGAUUACGACCGCCUCCGACCGCUUUCCUACCCGCAAACCGACGUGUUCUUGAUCUGCUUUUCGAUUGUCAGCCCUCCUUCCUUCGACAACGUCAGGGCCAAAUGGUAUCCUGAGAUUGAGCACCACGCGCCGGGCGUGCCCAUCAUCCUGGUCGGCACCAAACUGGACUUGCGAGAAGAUCGCGCUACCACAGACACCCUCCGCUCGAAGAAGAUGGAGCCCGUCUCGUAUGAGCAAGCGCUCGCUGUUGCAAAAGAGAUCAAGGCUCACAAGUACCUGGAGUGCUCUGCUCUGACGCAACGAAACUUAAAGAGCGUCUUUGACGAGGCUAUUCGAGCCGUACUCAAUCCCCGUCCACAGGCCAAAAGCAGGUCCAAAAAAUGUCUCAUUAUGUAA